AUGUGGGAAAUUUCUAGUGGACAUCCUUCAUUUAAAGAUAAGUUUGAUAAUAAUCAAGACCUUAUUAUUGCUAUUACUUGUCAAACUCGUGAGACUAUUAUUGCGGACACGCCCGAGGAUUACGAAAAACUUUAUAAAAAUUGUUGGAAACAUAUACCUGAGGAAAGACCAAUUAUUAAAGAACCAAAAGUAAAUACUUACAUAAUUACAGAACAUAUUAACGCUAAUAAUUCAGAUCCUAAUUCACAAGUUGGCGAUUCUAUCCAAAUUAAUAAUGAUGAAUUAGAUGUAAAGAAUUAUGAAUAA